CUUGGGUCUCACUGGACACUGCAUCAGCCCGGCUCUGCAUGGCCGUCACCUGGUGAGUGUGAGCCUUUAUGAGGGCACUGGCGGCCUGCCUGAGGCGGGGGCGGCUGUGCCAGAACGAGUGCCGACUUGUGAAGCAGCCGACUCACUUAGAGCUCGUCUCGGGUCUCACUGGACACUGCAUCAGCCCGGCUCUGCAUGGCCGUCACCUGGUGAGUGUGAGCCUUUAUGAGGGCACUGGCGGCCUGCCUGAGGCGGGGACGGCUGUGCCAGAACGAGUGCGGCCACCGUGUUCUCCACGGCAAGCCAAGCUGCGGGCUCGCGUUCACUGGGACGUCAGGCUGGACACGCCACACUCGCUGGCAGCAGCCAGAAGCUGA